AUGCCGGUCAUUCGGGAAGCUCUCGUGGAGCGGACGGGUGUGGCCAUGGAGCAGCUGGGCGUGGUAGUGUCACACGCCGAGCGAGACAUUGUCGAAUCGGUCUCAGCAUUACUACGACGUGUGAACAUACCAUUCAGCAGCACAAGCCCAGCUGGAUUGAUAGAAGCCAACACCGUCGAUCCAUGGAACAAAAGCGGCAAAUAUGCGCUCGCAUAUAUCUACUUUUGUAUACCUCUGCUGGUCAUUGCAGCCCUGAUGCGAUACUAUCAUCUAUUCACGGAUAAGAUCCGGACAGCACUACACCAAGAAGAGGUAUUACAGUCCUCGACGACAUCCUCUCCCGACACAGAUUACGAGAUGUCGGUACUUGAUACUGACAAGUCCACCAUGAAGUUCUUCCCACGCGAAGGCCCGCUACCCAGUGCGCCAAAACAACAAUCCAGCGUUUCUUCUUUCGGGCCGAUCAACAACAUUAUAGCGUUUUUCCGGUUCAUCUUCUACCGGCCGAUUCCACAGAUCAGAGUCAAGAAGGGAUGGAGGCCAAUCGUGUUCCCAUCCUUGGCUGUUAUUGUGAUUGUACUUCUAGCCUUGCUCCUGGGAGUCCUCUACUGCACCCUUCCGCAGCCGCUAUUCUGGGACAGUAUCGCUUAUGGCUCACCUCCAUUGGCAGUUCGCUCCGGCAUGAUGGCUGUGGCACUGAUGCCAUGGAUCGUGGCACUUGCGACUAAAGCGAACCUAAUCUCAAUGGUGACGGGCAUCAGCCACGAGCGAUUGAAUGUGUUCCACAGAUGGGCAGCAUAUAUUUGCCUCGUGUUGAGCAUCUUGCACACUGUACCCUUCUACGUCACUCCAGUCUGGGAGAAGGGUGCACAUCAGGCAUUCCAGCAGCUGCUCAAUCAACAGAGCGGAAUGUACAUCUACGGCACUGGUAUCGCAGCACUCGUUCCCUUGUGCUUCCUCUGCACGCAUUCGAUUGCGCCCCUACGCCACCGAAUGUACGAACUGUUCGUGGCACUGCACGUGCCCGUUGCCAUUGUCUUCCUCGGAAUGAUGUUCUGGCAUUGCAACAACUACCUAACAUCAUGGCACUACCUGCUUUCCACUUUAGGCAUCUGGCUACUGUCCUACUUCAUGCGGCUGUUCUAUCUGAAUUGGACUCGUCCAGGUCAACUGUCAUGGCUUAUUGGCGACGAGGCCGCUGUGACGCUUAUGCCAGAGAACGCUAUCAAGAUCACUAUUCCAACCCGAAUGCGGUGGAGACCAGGACAGUAUGUUUAUCUUCGCAUGCCUGGUAUCUCAGUGUUUGAAAACCACCCCUUCACCAUCGCUUCACUAUGCAGUGAGGACUUUCCUUCUGAAUAUGGCGAGGGCUACCGGGACAUGGUUCUCGUCUUCCGGCCGUUCGGUGGUUUCACAAAGAAGGUUCUUCAGAACGCUCUCGACCAUGGCCCAUGGCACACAUAUCGUGCCUUCGUCGAUGGUCCAUAUGGAGGUAUGCAACGGCGCAUUGAAGCCUUCGAUGACGUCGUACUCAUUGCAGGAGGUAGUGGCAUCACUGCCAUUGUCUCGCAGCUGCUCUCUCUUAUCAAGAAGAUGCGCGAUGGCAAAGCUGUCACGCGCAAAAUCCAUGUGAUAUGGGCCCUCAAGCGUCCUGAAACCAUGGAGUGGUUCAAGGAAGAAUUGCGCAUCUGCCGUGAAUAUGCGCCACCCGAGGCCGUACAGUGUCAAUUCUACAUCACCGCUGCGAAACGUAACCCAGCUGGUGGACUUGUCAGCGCGAAAACACCUACUCGUCCAGUGUCGCUGUACUUUCACGACAAGGUCAACGAUGCUUUCCAGAACAUUGCCGACCACCGCCUUUCGGGUGUCUCCUCAAAGCGACACUCCGCUCUCAUCCGCGAUGAAGCGCAGGGAGAUCCUGAAAAGGAGUCUGAGCUGCGUCGCGAGAAUGAAGAUAGUAUUACGGCACUUCCUCAGGCGCACAUGGUCCCCGUCAAUAGGGGCCACCUCGCACCACCACGCUCAAGCUACAACAGUGGGCGAAACUCUGCCGAAUUAGCAGACAGCUCGAACCCGGAUAUGAUAGCGCCUGCGCCACGUGGCCUUGCUGCUCGACGUCAAGAGCGCAACCUCUCUCUGGACAUCAAUCAAGCCGUCUCCGCAGGCUCCGGCGCCAUAAAUCCGGACAUAAUCCACAAUCCCACCGAAGGCGCCCAGGGCUUCGAUUUUGGCUUCCCAUCAACACCCACUGAGUUCCAAAAGAACCUGAUGCGUUUUGCAUUCCUGCCUGCAGCUGUCAAGAAAAAGGACGGCUGGAGCACUGAAUAUGGACGCCCGGAUAUACCGUAUUUACUCAAAGGACUAAGCAAAAACUUUGGGCGCAGAACGUGUGUGUUUGUUUGUGGGCCACCCACCAUGCGCAUUAGCGUGAGUGAGACGAUUGCGCAAAUGCAGAGGAGUGUAUGGAGUGAUAGUGGGCGGGACGAGAUUUUUCUCCACGCCGAGAACUACGCCUUAUAA